AUGUAAGAAUGCAAGCCAGUUGAUGGAUUCAUGCCUCGAGAUGAAUUUCAAAAGUCAAUUCAACUAGAGUUAUUCAAUUAAAAUAUUCAUAUUGUUUACAAUGAAGUAUUCGCAGUAGCAACAUUAGGAUAAAAACGAUAAGAGUAUACAGUUUAGAACCUUACAACUAGAUACAUCUUUGCAUAGUUUUGGUGUGAAUUUACUAAAGAGGUGCUCACUGAAUUUCUUGAAGAAGAUCUUGCUUACAAAUACAAGGAGGUUUAAUUUUUUAUAAGGAAAGCAACAAAAAUGGUGAAGAAAUCUGAUAUGGGUAUUUACGAGUAGCCUUACAAGAAAAAACCUCACCAAUAAAAUAAUUCUUAGUCAAGAGAAGAGUUGUAAAAUGGUCUUGAAUUCUUCUUUUCUAAUGUCAUGAUGAAAUGCUACUAAGUGCCAGUACUAUUCACUUAAAGUUCUGAAGAAUAAACAAAUAACGACCAAAUAGGAACAUUUGUGGUUAUGUUUUUUGAGAAAAGUGUAAGAAAGAGAACUUAUGCUAAAACAACGACUUAGAAGCAGAGACUAAGGAAAACUUAGGAUUCGCGCAAAAAUUUUGACUCCUCAAAGGGUAGAAUACUUGAAGAUUCAUUGUUCCAUAGAGAGAGUAAAAUGAGAAGGUUUUGCAAUUAUUUUGUGACUCUCUUUCACUAAAAGAAAUUAAAUCCGUUCUCGCAAUUCGUAAAUGGCUAAACUCUGAAAUUGAUAAAGCAGAGGGUAAGAGAUAAGAUGAAUUAGUUUACUGAGGAUGAGCCUUAUGAUUAGGAUGGAGCAGGUGAUUAAUAAACAGUUAGGGAAUCAUAGAAAGAUAUUUUAACUUCGAGUUCAAGAGGAAGGAAGUAAGCUGCAGAGGUGUAAAAGCCUACAGCGACCAUGUAGAAAUAGUCAAUUAUAGAUAAUAAUACUCAAGAAAGUGUAAUCAUAAAUCAAAAUAAUAAAAAAUAGCACAAGAUGAGAAAGCCUUAUAAGAAUAGCAUGAACACCAGUAUGUCAAAUAAGGAUUAAAAUGAUCAUGUAAUGAGUGCAUCUCCAUACUCUAAAGAUAAAGCUUUACCUUAUAAUAAAAAUAGAAAUACAUCAAAUAGGUAAAGUGUAUAAUUAGUUGCAGGUAUGAAUUAGCAAAUUGAUUCACUUGUUCAAGAUAAUCCUCUUUAUCAAGCAAAUAAAAGAAAUUAACUUGUUAAGAGCAGUUUAGCAGGAAUGACUGAAUAAAAAUCUUUAGAAGAGGGCAAUCAUCAAGAAGAAAGGAAAGAAAAAAAAUCUAAAUCAGUUCUGUCAAGAUACCUCGGAUCAAAGCAUGAUAAGUAUUCAAUAGAUUUUGAUGACAUACAACCUGCCAAACUCAAUGGAGUUAUGAAUAAUUUCAAUAGUAAAAAUAAUUCAAGGCAAGGAUUUUAUGACUAUACAGAUGCAGCUUUAAAAGAAGCUAAAAAUCCAAUUUCAAGAAUAGAAUCUUACGAAUCAGAUGAAAUUAAUGAGAUUGAAAAAGAUCCGAAACUUGUAAAAACUUAUGCUGGUAAAAAGGACAAAUCAAGACAGGCUAAGUUCAAGCAACAAGACAGUACUAAAUUCUAAACUGCUCAAUUCGGCUAAGUUACAUUUUCUCCUAAAACAACUAUUUAACCUCCAACGCUAGGAAGUGAAGACGUAUAACCAGUUGAAAUAGGUAAACCAAGGUAUAUGAAAGAAAAUCAUUAAAAAAGUAAUCAACCAGCCAGAAGCAAUAUUUAGAGUAAAGGAGCUUUUGAGAUCGUAUCUGAAAGGUCAGAAAUAGCUAGGAAUCCCAGAGAAUCCAUCAACCAUUAAGUAAACUAAGAAUACUAUAAGUUGCAAGAAAUGAACAAUAAUGCAGACUCUAUGCUAUCCCUUUACAACAAGAUUCCUGACUCAAAAAAUAUACAGUUUUAUAGUUCAGAUGUGAGUUUAGAAUCAAAAAUUCAUGAUAAAAAGUAAACUAAAGCCUCCAAUAUACGAACGAAAAAUAAAACUAACUGGGGUAAUGCUGAAAGAGUAAACAGAGAUAUUAAUCUAAACUCAUCAAGGAGCAAUCCUUACUAAGAUAAUAAUCACCAGCAAAUACAUAAUAUAAAGGGAGGACAUCAUAGAAGAUAAACUAAUGCUUUUCAAGAUACCCCAGGAGUGUAUGGGGAUAAUGAAAGCGAGUACGAAGAUGCCAGUGAAAUUGGCCCAUGA